GGCGGCCCGGGGUGAGGGGAGCGGGGCCCGGGGUGAGGGUGCUCGGGAUGUGCGGUCGCAGCGCCAGAACUCCUGAGGGACAUUCCAGACUCCUGAGGGAUAUUCCAGCGGAUACCCGUGUUUUGGGGGUCGAGGUCUUCUCUGUGGAGAAGAGGGUUCUGUUUCAUCCUUUGCCCUGUCUGACCCGCCCGAAGACUCGAGAGGUGUGAGGUGCCAGCACAGGCCUGAGCGGAGGCUCGUGUUUUAUCUUUUGUUGCAAAAAGGAAUUUAAAAUCUCCGUGUAUGUAUUGUUUCUGUGUUGCUUAGCAGUACAUAAAAGCUGAGUUGGUGAAUUGCAAAAAUGACAGCCAGGAGUGAGAUGCAGUUGGAAAAGUUAAUUGAUGAAGCUACAAGAAAAAAAGAUUCCCAAUUAUUAGAGAAAUUUCUGGCCACAGAAGACUCUGCAAAUGUCUCUUACAAAAGCAGCAAACAGUUUGUGAACAAAUUAGACAAGCUUCUGUGUCGGGAACUUGACAAACAAGAAGUGAAAAGCGUUUCUACUUUACUAAAUGUCAUCCAGAAAUGUGGGGAAAAAAUCAGCAUAGCAGGAGAGGAUGGGCUCCCAGCAAUGAUGAAAUACGGGCUUGUUGGAAGGAUGGUCAAUUGGUUUGAAAAGUUAAAAGGAAUUUUGAUCCUCAGAGGAAAUGAAAGGAAUGAAAUGCUUACAAGUCUGGCUGAAGAUUUCUUCAAUGUGCUACUGGCUGUGUGUGAGAGCAGACCUGAAGGUAAAAUGCAAAUACUGGAAAACUUUGUUCUGAGAACAUGUUCCCUCAUCACUGAUGUAAGAAUUAGUAUUUAUGUUCAGCAGGAGGUAGUAAGAAAACUGAAUUUAAUGCUUGACAACAUACCCCGAGAGGCCAAGAAAAAGUUAUUUACUACAAAGGAGAUGUUACUGGUCAUGAGCGAAAUGGGGAGGAGAAUUUUGGAUGCUGGAGACUAUGACAUGCAAGUGGCCAUCACAGAAGCUUUGUGCAGAAUGAUCUCAGAGAAGCAAAGAGCAGAACUGGCCUCCCAGUGGUUUUCCAUGGAGUUUGUGUCCAAUGCAUUUAAAGGAAUUAAAGAUUCUGAGUUUGAAACAGAUUGCAGGAAGUUUCUCAACCAGGUGAAUGGCAUGCUUGGAGACAAAAGAAGGGUUUUUACAUAUCCGUGUUUAUCAGCAGCUCUUGAUAAAUAUGAGCUCCAGUUCCCACUGGAUGAAAAUCUGGAGGAAUUCUGGAUUGAUUUUAAUGUUGGUAGCAAAAGUAUCUCUUUCUAUGUGGCAGCAGAUGAUGCAGGUCAGCAGUGGGAAACAGUGAUCAUACCAGAAGAAGAGGUGAACAUGUACAGCCUUGAAGAAAAAGACUCAAAGAAAUUAUUGACAAUAGAUCUCAAAAGCCCAAUGAACGUGGGUAAUCUGGAAGGAGAGAAAUUUUCUUUGUAUUUUAAUUCCAUUUUGGAAAUCAAAGACGUAACCAGAAAGAUUUAUGGAUUUAGUAAAUGUAAGGAUGGGAGUAAGAAGCAAAGUGCAUCAGUUGCCAAAACAGCUGUACAUGUCCUCUUUGAUGAAAGUGGAUCACAGGUUAUGGUACCAGAAAGCCAGUUGUCACCAGGUUUGAAAGAAAAAUCUGAACAGGAGGAGAAACUCGGUAAGAAGAAAACUCAGCAACUUCCUGAAAGUUUGAGGACUCAGAAUAAAAAUAACAGUCAAGAAAAAUGCAGAGGGGAUUCCUCCAAGAUCACUCCCUCUCGGACAAGGAAAAUGUCUGAAGCCUCUGUGAUUGUUCCUGGAACUACAAGAACUUCCACAAGGAGUCCACUGACCUUUGUUAGCACAUCCACUCCUUUUAAAGGGAGAUUUAAAUUGCCUCUGGAAAUGACGAGCUCCACUAAGAGGUCUGACAGCAGUGCAACAAAUGAGACCAGAACAAAGAUUUCCUAUCAGGACUCUACUGGAAGAUGGCAAAGAUUGACACUAGAUGAUGAAUUCUUUGAAACAGAACAGAUCAGGAGGUUAAACACCAGAAAUGAGGCAAAAGCACAUGAAAAGCAAAAAUGUGCUGAAGAAGUUUUAAAAUUUAUACAAGAGACCACAGAAGAGCAAACUUUAGGUGAAGUGUUUGAUAUCGUUCCUGAUUCUCAGCCAGUUGGGAAAAGCAACAAACCCUUGCUGCCUGGACUUAUGGAAAGUUCUUUUGAUAAAUCUGAAACAUGGAAAAAAAGAACAUCCCCUCUUCCUGAGAAAAGUGGGACCACUGGGGACAAGCAAAAGCCAAAUCCAGCAGUGGCACGUCCAUCCCAUGCAGCCAGGGUGGCUGACACAUCUUUGCAUUCUGAGCUUCCAAGAGAGGAACCCGAAGUUCUCCUCAGGAAAGAGCCUGCAAAUCCAAAACCAUCAAAGCCUAAACCAAAGUCUAAAGAAAUCUCAGAUGCAGCCAAAUCACUGAUCAGUAAAAUCAGUGACAGGUACAAAGACAAGAGUGAUGAGAAGAGCAAAGCAAGAGACUCCUUGGGUCUUAACAGGCCAUAUUUAAAUAAAUCCUGGAACUCCAAGGAAGAAGUUCAGGACAGAAUCCUGAAAACCACUUCUUUUCUUAAUAUAACUGCUGGUCAUAUCAUGGAUGAUGUCUACAACUUUAAACUCAGUGGGUUUGAUGAGCCUACAAUAAAGCUUGGAGUCCAAGAAUUGCAUGUUACUGAACUGAGUGUUCAUACAGAGACAACUAAAAAAGGGAAUGCAGUCAUCUGUAAAUCCAGCACUGAAGUGAAAGGAACAAAACAAGCUAGAAACAAUCAAGACAAGAAGCACCUCUUCAGUGACUCAGACACAGAGAACAGAGGGGAUGACAGCAAGACAGAGAUUAGUUGGCUGCAGGAAUCCAAGAGGAAACCUAAACCCCAGAUAGUCGGUUACAGUAGAAAUAAAAAAUUAGGGAAACCAAUAAACACAGACAAAAACUGUGUUGUAACACCAGAUGAAUCCCCUGAACCUGCUUUCCACAUGGAGAAACCUAAAGGCAAAAAUGCAAAAAAGAAAAAGGCAGAUGUAAACAAAUGUAAAAAACAGAACUCAAGAACUGCUGAAAUGACAGAACAAACCUCCAGAAAGAAACUACCUCGAAGAGCAGCAGCAGCAAAAAAUUACAAAGAGCCUUCCAGUUCUGAGUCAGAGAGUGAGGGGGAAAUUCCUCCAUGCACCUCCAAGGAGGAGAAAUCAAAAAUGCAGAAACCUAUGAAUGGGGCAAUCAAGGAUUAUAAGCAGCAAAAAGCACCCCAGGUUUUAUCUGUGGAGCCAAAGAGAGGAGAGAACUGUGUGCAGAAACCACCUGAGAAAUCCAAGAAUCCUGCAGAACAGAAGGAAAUGGAGGUGCCUUCAGCUGAGAGUCCUGCAUCUCUGGAGACAAUGAGAUGUGCUGAAGGACUCUCAGAAGGAAAUGUCACUCCAGAGCACACUUCCAGUGAAAGAUCUCUUGGUCUUCGGGAGUCAUCCCCAGAAAACAGGGAGAUGUUAAAUUCUGAGAAAGGAAUCACUCCCAAUAAUUUCUGUCCCCAAAAUAAGAAUAUUCACAGUAUAUGUGUCAAUCAGUCCCCUGAGGCAACAGCUACAAAGUCAACCUUUGGAAAGAAAAGUUUCUCCCCAGUGUUGACAGAAGCAUCUUUGCUCAGCCUAACAACAUAUAAAACUGUCAGUGGGAAAAAUUCCAAGGGAGCUGGAUUGGAAACCUGUAACAGUAACGAAGGGUCAAGUUUCCAGCGUUGCUUUUCGGACACAAUUCCUGUUAAAGGAAAACCAAAAGAUACCACUAAAACUGUCACCAAAAGCAGAGAAGAGCUCAGCUCAACGACAUAUAAACCUGAGAGUGGAAAACAUGCAAAGGGAGCUGUGUCAGAGACAAGGAAUAAUAAUGAAGAUCCAAGUUUCCAGUUUUGCUUUUCAGACACACUUUCUGUUAAAGGAAAACUACAAGACACCACUAAAGCUGUCACUAAAAGUAAAGAGGGUUGUGAACCACCAUCUCCACUGUCUGCUUCCAGUGGGAGUAAAGCACAGUCUUCAACUGAAGACCCUUAUGACCCUGUAAAUGAGUCAGGACCAACUGUGCAGACCUUCCUGAAACGAAGAUACCACAGUGACACAGAGAGCAGCUCUGAUGAGGCACGGACCAGCAAAGAGGAGGAAAAGACAGGAAGGAGAAGAAUCAGUUUAAAGCCCAAAAAGUUAUUUAAAACAAAUGAUGCUGCUACUUACAGAGUGUCUGAGAGCAUCUCCACUCGAUCCCUCAAUGAGCUCUCUGCUCUGGACGGGCAAUUCUGGGAACCUGGUUGUUCAACUCUCAGCAUAUGUCAGAAGCUCCAAAAAGAAUUUACCAAGAAGAUUGAGAGCCGCUCCCGGAAAAUGGAUCAUUUUAAUAAGCAAACAUUGAAAGCUGCCCAUCAGCAUUUGACAACAAUGAGUUACCAACUCCAUGAAUGCAGGAUCAGGCAGCUGGACAAAUUUCAUUUUACUCUCAUUGAGGAACUGGAGAAUUUUGAAAAGGAUUCUCAGUCCCUGAAAAACAUGGAAAAAGAAUUCUCGACCUUUUGGAAAAAACAGACUAGUACUUUGAGUACUUACAUGAAAAAUGAGCAGCAGAGAAUUCAGGUUCUUAAAAGUUCAUUUGAAAAGAAUAUCUACCAUUCUGUUGACUAUGAAGAACGUAUUUUUACUUCAGAGAUGCAUCUGAUGAAAGAAGACAUAAAAGGAAUCCAAGAGAAACUUCUAAAAGAAAUGAAGAGGAGCUGUGCAAUGUUCGCAGAGGAUUGCAGACCCUGUUUCGAUCAAAGACUGAAUUCUGAGGGGAUAGUUUUCAGAUUCCUUCCUGAACUUCAAGGAGCAGAGCAAAGGCUGGGCUGGUUGUGCUGGAAGGACGUGCUGGAAGGACAGCAGAGAGCAGGGGAAGGAGCGAAGCUGUCCCUGCACAGCUCCAACGUGGUUGAGUUGCAUCAGUGACAAAGCUCACAGGCACUGUUUGGCAUUUAAACAGCUGCUCUAAGUUACCCUUAUAAUAUUUGAUCUUUAUUUUAUUUUCCAACAUCACUUUAAUGUGUUUUAUACAGCAUUUAUUAGCAAUGGAAGUAUGGAUUGUUACUUUCAUGGACUAUAAGCCAAGUUUAGUUUGUAGUUACCAGUGGCUCAUCUGCUAUUCUCGCACUAAAAAUGCCUCUGCUGAAGAAACUUUUCUCUCCUUUCUGUUCAGCCUUUAUGUAUAUUGCAUCUGAACUCUCACUAUAUUGUUCUUAAGAAUUAAUACUAUUGUAUUAAUAAUCAAAUUAAAAUGAUGGAUAAAUAUAGUAGUAAGUUAAAAAGCUAGUUAAUGAUGCAUAUUUCUGUGAAAAUCCAGCAAGUUAAAAAAUUGCACUAAAGGGGAAAAAAUACAUCUUUGGAUCAAGUAGUUGGGUCAGUCAGGUCUUCAAAUGACAGUCAGACAGGUCAAACAUGAAAAUGUUGGACAAAGCAACAGCCAGCUCCAACAAAGCCAGCCAGUGUCACCCAUCCUGGCCAGCACCUGUGCCAGGAGUCCUCAGUUCCCUCCCGUUGCCUUGGGGACACACAGUGAAGUGUUGCUGUGCUCUGACCUGCCCUUCUCCAGGAGCAGGACUGGGUGUGUGAGUCCAUCCCCACCCUGAGCACACAGACCUGGCUCUGGGUGCUGACUGUUCCCCACCUGCAGCAACUCAGUCUGUGCCAGCCAUUUGAACCACUGGAUUUUAUUGUUGUCACACUCCAUGGAAUGAGCUCAGUGAAGCUACAAGACCAAGAAUGCCUUUCUCAAGUUUUUAACACCGAAAGACUCCCUAAAGUUAUAGCACUGAAGAGUCUUGCAGAGAAAUGUUUGGGAGUGUAUUCACCAUUUUGUUCUUGUCUCAGGUGUGUUUUCCAGCUGUCUGUGUUUUGUUUUUUAGUAGUAAUUUGAGUAGAUUCUCAGAUGCUCCUCCAUGUCAGGCAUUAUUAGAAUGUCUGGCUUUACAUUUUUCUCAGCCAGUUCUAUCUGCUUUGUUAUUAGCACUUAGUAACUUUUUUCUUCUUACUGUCAAGAAGGCAUUAAAAUCAUUUGUUUGCUAAAUAUCAAAGUACAUUGUUACAUUUCUAGCUGUGCUUGUCCAAUUUAGUCUUUUUGAAUGAGAAUAACAGUGAACUUAAUUGUCAUUCUUUAGAGGGUCAGAGCCUCAAGUAGUGGAGGAUGACAAUCAGGUUCUGCUAUUCCAUGAGAUGGAAAAACCUUAGUUGGGAUCUUCUUUUUGCAGACUUCAUGUUGAUGAAGAAGUGCAAUGGUCUGGUGCAGAAUAAUUAUAAUCUCUUCCCUUCCCAACUGUCCCUGGGAAAAAAAGAGCUUUAGGAAACAUGGUCAUUUCCUGCAAUAAGUAGUCAUUUAAUUAAAGAACAAAAGUAACAGGAAUCAAAAAUGCUUGCAGCUGUG